UCCGCCCCGCUCGGCUUCCCUUCCCUUACUGGUCCGCAUCAGCCGGCGAGCAGCUGAUGUGACGGGAGGGAGAUACAGUAUCGCGCCGAGCCAUGAAAAGCUGACUUAAAAACUUAAUUUGGAAAGUAGGCGGAUGUCGUUUGCGGCCGAUACCGGUCGGAGAAGGACUAAGGGGACGGGAAACGGAGGAAGAAGAGGCGAAUAUAUAUUUAUAUAAAAAUAUAUGUUUAUUUUCUUGAUGCAGUGGGAUUUGCUGCUUUCGUGUGAAGAGGCGGACCUAUGAGACGCUGCAAGUUCAAUAUGCUGAAGCUGUCCCCGGUGUUUGUGUACUAUACGUGGAAGUACAGAGACUAUUUUCUUCCAGCUCGCUGCUACAUCUAAGGAUUUAAUAGAGCACUUGGUAUUAACUGUAGCUCCCGGAUAUCCUCGGCUAUCAUUUUUUUAAAGUCUGGUUUUGUUUUGGAUAGGGAAUUCCUCCACACAGGCUGCAUGUGCUUCCCUCUAAUUCACCGCCUGGUCGUGUUUGGUAGCUCAUAUAUAUAUAUUUUUUGAAUGCAUAAAUUUAGAUAUGGGGUUCUCGUUUGUCCUACCUCGCAGCAGUCACCCAUCAGAAACGGCCAGUAAAGCCAUUAGAGGCUAUUAAAGUGAUUUUUAUUUUUAAAGAAGGGCUUCUUUCAGAGUAGUUGGCUCGUCGUUGACAAACAAUGAACUAUUAUUUUGUGGGCUUUUUUCACGCUCCUGUUAGGUUUUGUGCCGGCAGACAGUGACUGGCUCCUGUUUUAGCUGUUAGCCGGUAGGUUUGCAAACAAGUCUACUGCAGGAUUAUUACUAUUAUUAUUUUUAAGUUGGUGCAUUUUCCAGGUGUAUCUUUUUUGUCGUGACACUACAUUUUCUGCUCAAAAAGACUGAAUUUUUCAGUAUUAUUAUUAUUAUUAUAUAUUUUUGGCUGUGUAUACCAGUCUUUUUUUUUUUUUCGGGGUACCCCCCCUCCUUCACCUGUGCUUUAAAUCUCCAUCUCCGCUGUCAGUCCCACGGAUUACUAGAUUUUCACCUAAUUUCCACAAUGAGUUACAUCCACAGGGUAGUGAAUGUAUUGCUACGUGGACUCGUCAUCUAUGCGGUACUGGGCUUGGAGUGCACUUACUCGAAUGAUCUACCCAGCCAGUCGUCUGAUGCUCAAAACGUAGCCACCACAGACCCCUGUCUCAUAGUGAUACCGCCAUGCAUGGGCGAGGCCGACCGCUUCAGUCUGGAGGCGUUGCGACACAUCCACAAACAGCUGGACGAUGACAACGACGGAGGUAUAGAGGUCAACGAGAGCGUGGAGUUCAUAAUAGAAGAUAUGAAGCAGCAGCAAACCAACAAACACAGCAACCUGCACCGUGAAGACCAGCACAUCACUGUGGAGGAGCUGUGGAGGGGCUGGAAAACCUCUGAAGUCCACAACUGGACCAUGGAGGACACGGUGCAGUGGCUGAAGGAGUCGGUGGAGCUGCCGCAGUACGAGAAAAACUUCCGGGACUUUCGGGUCACAGGGAACACUUUGCCUCGAAUAGCGGCAAAUGAACCGUCGUUUAUGUCGAUGCAGCUGAAGAUAUUAGACCAGCGGCAUAAACAAAAACUAAACCUAAAGGCACUUGACGCAGUGCUGUUCGGCCCCCCGCUUCGUCCACAGCAUAACUGGAUGAAAGACUUCGUCCUGAUGGUCUCCAUUGUGAUCGGUGUCGGGGGCUGCUGGUUUGCUUAUGUGCAGAACAAGUCCAGCAAGGUGCACAUCUCUCAGAUGAUGAAGGAUCUGGAGAGUCUGCAACAUGCUGAGCAAAGCCUCUUAGACCUGCAGAGUCGGCUCGAAAAGGCUCAGGAAGAGAACCGGACAGUUGCUGUGGAGAAGCAGAACCUCGAGCUGAAGAUGAGGGAUGAAAUCGAUGGGGCCAAAAAGGAGGCUCACAGGCUUCGAGAGCUGCGGGAGGGCGCUGAAUGUGAGCUCAGCCGGCUCAAAUAUGCUGAGGAGGAGCUGGUACAGGUGCGGAAAGCUCUGAAGCGAGCGGAGAAGGAGAUGCAGUCGGAGCGCUCGGUGCCCGAAGCUCUUCAGAAGUGGCUGCAGCUCACACACGAAGUGGAAGUUCAAUACUACAACAUCAAGAAACAGAACGCUGAGUUUCAGCUGUGCGUCGCCAAAGACGAGGCAGAGAAAAUAAAAAAGAAGAGAGGUUCUGUGUUUGGAACUCUUCACGUAGCCCACAGUUCAUCACUGGAUGAGGUGGACCACAAGAUACUAGAGGCAAAGAAAGCCCUGUCAGAGGUAACGGCAUGCCUGAGAGAGCGGCUCCACCGCUGGCAGCAGAUCGAGAAGCUCUGCGGCUUCCCUGUUGUCAAUAAUUCGGGUCUGCCGAGCCUGACCGCCAGCCUCUACUCCGACCACAGCUGGGUGGUCAUGCCGCGAGUCUCGGUUCCUCCCUACCCCAUCGCAGGAGGAGUGGAUGACCUGGACGAGGACACGCCUCCCAUCAUUCCACAGUUCACAACGACUACGUUGAUUCGGCCCCCGCUGACGCGCAGCAGCAGCCUGUGUCGUUCCCGCCGGAGCCUGAUGAGCUCUCCGCAGUCCUCGCUGAUGUCCGCAGACCCAGACCUGCUGUCCAUGGCGAGCUCGUCCCUCUCCUAUCGCCCCGAGGCAGACGACGACAUCAUCAUGUUCAACUCGGAUCGGAGGGGGGAGGCGUCUCAGGAGGGGAGCUCCGACACAGACUCUCUCAGCUCAGUGGGCCGCAAGCCAUUGCACAACCCCUGCUCAGCGGGCUCGGAGACCCCCUACCGCAAGAUCUCCCGCGAGGAGCUGCUGCUGUUCACCCAGACUGCAGAGCGUCCUGCAUCCACCACCCAUAGCAGUAGCAGCAGCAGCAGUCUCAGGGACUCCACGCCUCCUCCUCUGCCUCCCACUCCGGCCACCACACCCUCCGGCCCACCCUCCACCUCGCCUUCCCCGGCCUUGGAGCACCACCCAUUUGCACAAACAGGCUCGCCCGACCUCACCCGCAUCAUACCCGAGCCCCAAAGCGGACCGCAGGGCAACGUCACCUCUCCGACAGGCAAGGGCAUGUACAACGGCAUCCUGGAGAAGUCCUACAGCUUCGGCCAGCUCCCGGCGAGCAUGCUGCCCAACGUGGGGCGCCACCCGUCUCUCACCUCCCUGGACUCGGAGGGCCGGAGCGUGGGAAGGGAUUACAAGCUCCAGAGCACGUCCUCCCAGGACUCCUGCGAUAAUGGAGAGAAAACCAAGCGCUCCUCCUCUAAAAUCAAAAACCUAUUUAAGAAGAAAAAAUAAAACUUGCAGAGUUUGUGUGUGUGUGUGUGUGAGAGAGAAAAAUCACAUCUAAAGAGCUGUUUUAGCCCUAAUAUUAAAACAAUGGACGUCACUGUAAGCUAAAACACUUCAUUUUCUCUCUUAAUUUCUUCUUUUUGUCAUCAAAGAUGGAAUGUAGCUCAGUCUGGGGGCCUUUAAACACUCCCCGGACUGAUAGCCUUAUUUUUCAAAAAUGCCUUUUUAUUUAGUUCACUCACAGGGAAACUUGCAAAAGGUUCAAGUCAAUGAAAGGUCAAAGGUCAUACUUGUUCACUGUCUCCUCUUCAUUUUUAUCCUGAGUUUGAACCAAAAAAAGGUGCAGUCUGUAUAUGUGAAGCCCACCAUGUUUAGUGUUUCACUGCUGAUGUUCAGCACAGAGGGGGUGCUCGCUGUUCCUACUGGACGCUUUCAGUCAUGACAGCAGCAUCAGGAAAAAAAACAAAAAAAAACAACACAACAAACGCCCAGAAAAAACAAAAAAAACAAAAAAAAAAAAAGAUUUUGGCUGAUUCUUUUCUCAGAUGUCCUAACUUCCUUCUUCCUGAUCAAAUGAUGGAUUGCAUCUUGCGAAGUGUUGAACAAGUAUACUUGAUUAUUUUCCUUUCCUGCUAAAAGUUUGUUGCACUACUGCUGCUUUCCUGGUAUUUCGAGAAAGCGCCGCUGCUCGCGGAGGACAUUUUGAAUCAAGAUAUAGAAAUGACAGGAAUGCACGAGCAGCUGCACUGAGGAUGCAACACAUGAUGCCAGAGCCAAAAUUAUGUGAUUUGUCCUCGGUGCCACUGUUUAUGCUUGACUAUAUAUAUAUAUAUAUAUAAAUAUAUAUAGUUUUCACAUUAUCAUGUUCUUACAGAUGUUUUUAAAUCGAUUAACUAAAUCAUUAACAGUGGGAACUGCGAUGAUUUGAUCUUAAUGAAUAUGCAGAUUUAACUCACGCCAGUCACUUUCCCCGUAUUCUAGCCUCCUCUUCAUUACGUGAUUAACUGCUUCCUGUAACCACAAAUGAACUAAACAUAAAUUUUCCAGAUAUUGGUCAAAUUUGCAUUACAUAUUCCUGCUGUAUUUAAGGAUGCACAAGAGUCAGACAGUGAUCAGCGUUCAUAGACACUACACACUGAGGAUAAUCUGCUCAGAACAAAGAAAAAAAAAACUGAUCUGGAUCUGAUUGGUACACCAAUACCCCCACCCCCCCAACCACCACCACCACCACACUAAGCUCGAAGCUGACCCAUGCAAUAUGGUCCUGCUCCUCACCUCUGGGCCUGCACCGAGCACACUGAUGUCAAGAGCUCCUGCUUCACACUGUGAUUUCUGGCUUUGUUCCCUUCAUCCUGGACCCGGCUGUCACUGCUGCAACCUCGGUGUCAGGCUAUCAGCACGACACGGUGAAGUGAGGGUCUGAGUGGCCUCUGUUUUUAAAUAAAUAUAUAUUUGGAAGAUUGUGGACAAUGCAGCACACGAUGAAGGAAGACAGACCUGCGAGACGAGAAGGACACGAAUGUUUACGAGACAUUAGGGUUUUUUUGGAGAACAUUUUGUGUGUGAAUAUUUGUAUACUGUAGAAGAAUUAAUAAAAAAAAA